CUUUCUCAAGGUCAUCCCAAUACGCAUAUAUCGCCUCCACCGCAAGUAUGAAGCUCUCUGUCGCUGCUCUCGGGCUGUCUGUCCUUGCCCAACAGGCUUCCGCCCAUUACAUCUUCCAAUAUCUGACCUACGAUGGCACCCAGUCUGCCGCGUACGAAUAUAUUCGCGAGAACACAAACUACAACUCUCCAGUAACUGACCUCGCCUCAAAUGACCUCCGCUGCAAUGUCGGCGGAGAGACUGGAGCCGGUGCAACCAUAGCCGUAACGGCUGGCUCGUCAGUCGAAUUUACUGCCGACGUCGCCGUCUAUCACCAAGGCCCCGUGUCAUUUUACAUGGCCAAAGCCCCCACCACCGCCGAGUCAUUCGACGGCUCCGGCGAUGUCUGGUUCAAGAUCAAGGACAUCGGCCCUACCUUCAGCGGCGGCGCUGCAACCUGGGACCUCGGGUUGACCUACGGCGUCACGAUCCCCGCAAGCGUGCCGGACGGAGAGUACCUCCUUCGCAUCCAGCAGCUCGCCAUCCACAACCCAUGGCCCGGGGGAGUCCCGCAGUUUUACAUCUCCUGCGCGCAGAUCUCGGUCACUGGUGGUGGCAGUGGAAGCCCAGCCCCAUUGGUAGCGAUUCCAGGGGCGUUCGCGGAAACUGACCCUGGAUACACCGCCAACAUUUACUCUGACUUCACCUCUUACACUGUUCCGGGCCCUGAGGUCUGGCAGGGUUAAGAGAAGGGAGCUGAGAGAACGGCUCUUUUAUAGAGACGUAGAGCGAGAUAUGAGGAGAAGUGAUAUAGAGAAUUGGUGCGAUCUGUG